AUGGGCGCCCGCCGGGGCCUGGGGCUCCUGCUGGCUGCCGGUGCCAUCCUCGCCCUCCGCCUCCCGGGCACCGGUGCCCAGCAAAGUGCCACGGUUGCCAACCCGGGUCUGGGUGGCUCCCAGGACCUGCUGCCCCACUUCCUGGAGGAGCCCGAGGACGUGUACAUCGUGAAGAACAAGCCGGUCACCCUGGCGUGCAAGGCCUCUCCGGCCACGCAGAUCUACUUCAAGUGCAACGGGGAGUGGGUGAACCAGGGGGAUCACGUCACGGAGCGCAGCGUGGAGAAGAGCAGCGGCCUGCCCUUGAUGGAGGUGAGGAUCGACAUCUCUCGGCAGCAGGUGGAGAAGAUCUUCGGGCUGGAGGACUACUGGUGCCAGUGUGUGGCCUGGAGCACCUCGGGUACCACCAAGACCCAAAAGGCCUACGUGCGGAUCGCCUAUCUGCGCAAGAAUUUUGAGCAGGAGCCACUGGCUAAGGAGGUCUCCCUGGAGGAGGGCAUCGUGUUGCCUUGCCGACCCCCCGAGGGCGUCCCCCCGGCCGAGGUGGAGUGGCUACGGAAUGAGGACACGGUGGACCCCACGGCCGACCCCAACCUGUACGUGACCCUGGAACACAGCCUGGUGGUGCGGCGGGCCCGCCUCGCCGACACGGCCAACUACACCUGUGUCGCCAAGAACAUCGUGGCCAGGAGACGCAGCUCCACCGCCGCCGUCACUGUGUACGUGAACGGGGGAUGGUCCACCUGGACGGAGUGGUCAGCCUGCAGUGCCCGCUGUGGGAGGGGCUGGCAGAAACGGAGCCGCAGCUGCACCAACCCCGCUCCUCUCAACGGUGGGGCCUUCUGUGAGGGCCAAAACGUCCAGAAAACAGCCUGCAGCACCCUGUGCCCAGUAGACGGAGGCUGGAGCGGUUGGAGUCUGUGGUCGACGUGCGGGCUGGACUGCACCCGCUGGAGAAGCCGUGAGUGCUCAGACCCGGCCCCCCGCAAUGGCGGGGAGGGCUGCCAGGGCGCUGAGCUGGACGCCCACAACUGCACCAGCGAUCUCUGCGUCCACACGGGGGCCUCGGGCGUCGAGGACGUAGCCCUGUACGUGGGGCUGCUGGCCGUGGCGGUGUGCUUGGGCCUCCUCCUGCUCGUGGCUGUCCUGGUGUACUGCCGCAAGAAGGACCGCCUGGACGCGGAUGUGGCCGACUCGUCCAUCCUGACCUCCGGCUUCCAGCCCGUCAGCAUCAAGCCCACCAAGGCCGACAACUCCCACCUGCUGACCAUCCAGCCUGACCUGAGCUCAGCCACGACGACCUACCAGGGCCCCCUCUGCCCCCGUCAGGACAGCCCCGCGCACAAGUUCGCGUUGGCCAACGGACACCUGCUCAGCCCCCUGGGAGAUGGCCGCCACACGCUGCAUCGCAGCUCGCCCGCCACCGAGGCCGUGGACUUGGUCACCCGGCUGUCCAGCCAGACUUACUUCCGCUCCCUGCCCCGAGGGUCCAGCAACAUGGCCUACGGGACUUUCAACUUCCUGGGGGGGCGGUUGAUGCUCCCCAACACAGGGAUCAGCCUCCUCAUCCCUCCAGACGCGAUCCCCCGGGGGAAGAUCUAUGAGGUGUAUCUGACCCUGCACAAACAGGAGGACGUGAGGCUGCCCCUAGCCGGCUGCCAGACGUUGCUGAGCCCCAUCAUAAGCUGCGGGCCGCCCGGCGUGGUGCUCACCCGGCCCGCCAUCCUGGCCAUGGACCACUGCGUGGAGGCCGGCCCGGACAACUGGAGCCUCCGCCUGAAGAAGCAGUCCUGUGAGGGCUCCUGGGAGGACGUGCUGCACCUGGGCGAGGAGGGCUCCUCCAGCCUGUACUACUGCCAGCUGGAAGCCCAGGCCUGCUACGUCUUCACGGAGCAGCUGGGCCGCUUUGCCCUGGUGGGCGAAUCCCUGAGCACGUCGGCCGCCAAGCGGCUCAGGCUGGUGCUCUUCGCCCCCACGGCCUGCACCUCGCUGGAAUACCACAUCCGGGUCUACUGCCUCAACGACACCCAGGACGUCCUCAAGGAGGUGAUUCAGAUGGAGAAGCAGACGGGAGGUCAGCUGAUCGAGGAGCCGCGGGUCUUACACUUCAAGGACAGCUACCACAACCUCCGGCUCUCCAUCCACGAUGUGCCCAGCUCCCUGUGGAAGAGCAAACUCCUCGUCAGCUACCAGGAGAUCUCUUUCUACCACAUCUGGAGCGGGGCGCAGCCCUACCUGCAAUGCACCUUCACCCUGGAGCGCUUCAGUGCCAGCACCAGUGACCUGGCCUGCAAAAUUUGGGUCUGGCAGGUGGAGGGGGACGGACAGAGCUUCAACGUCAACUUCAACAUCGCUAAGGACACACGGUUUGCAGAGCUGCUGGUCCCGGAGAGUGAAGCGGGGACCCCCGCCCUGGUGGGCCCCAGUGCCUUCAAGAUCCCCUUUCUCAUCCGCCAGAGGAUCAUCAGCAGCCUGGACGGCCCCGCCGGGGCCCGCGGCGGGGGCGCAGACUGGAGAGCUCUGGCCCAGAAGCUGCACCUGGACAGCCACCUGAGCUUCUUCGCCUCCAAGCCGAGCCCCACGGCCCUGAUCCUGAGCCUGUGGGAGGCCCGCCAUUUCCCCCAUGGGCACCUGAGCCAGCUGGCCGCCGCCGUGGCCGACCUGGGCCGGCAGGAUGCCUCCCUCUUCGCCAUUUCCGAGGCAGAGUGCUGAACCCUUGCCACCCCCCCCGGCCCGAGCGAGGGUAGGGGGGGCGCUCACCGUGUAAACACCAGCCAUGGGAGAGUGGGGGGCACCUGACAGCGCCCACCGUCCUGUCUGCAUCGCUCCUGACCCUCGCCUCCGCAGGCCCCGGGGACAGAGAGGCACGAUUUCGAGGGAGAAGCUGGGGGGCCCAGGAGUGGCACCCCGCCACCCACCAAAAGCCAUGUCCCCGGGGGCACCUGAGGGUGGGCACGGCUCUGGGCCAGUCCUGCUCAGAGCCACCGGGCACCACCGCAGUCGACUGCCCGGGGCCCACCCACGCUGCCGCUAUGGGAGCGAGCGGCACCGACCUUCCCCAAGCCCUCUGCUCACCCCCUCCCACCUCUGCCACCCCCCACCCACCAUUCAAGAGCCCCGGGGGGGGGUCACGUACAGAGUCUGGCAUCCCUUAUGCUACCUCUCCCACACACGCCGUGUGGCCCUGGGUGGGAGGGAGGGUUGGGCAGGGGAGGAACAGUCACCCAGUUCCCACCCCUCCCUCUCCAGAUUUGGGCCUUAUGCAAUGUUUCUGGGUCCUCGGGCCGAGAGGAGAUGUGAGCCCACACCCUUCCCCGCCUCACCCUAUGCCCCCCAACUUCCCUUAUUUUCAGAUACCUAGGGAGGGGCUCCUUCCUCUCCCUCCCCACACCCCCCUCCAUACUGAGGUCUCAGCAGAGGGCCUGCAAGACCCCAAAGCAGGGAAGGGUGAAUCUGCAGCAGUCCAGGAGGGGAAGGGGGCAGGGCCCUGUCACUCACACCCACCCACACCCACCCCAACUCCCCUGCCAUCCCCCUCAGGCCGUGCCCUCCGACCUUCCAGUACCGCAGCUGGCCCGCUGGCAAAUGCUGUGCCCGUGGGCCCUCCCCCGUCCCCUCCCUUCCCCUGCGGAAAGCGGGGAGAGGGUGUAUAUGCAAUGGGAGUCAUGCGUUGUACAUUGGCGAGUGUCCGUGUGCUGUGAGCUGUGUCUGUUUCUGGAGCCCGGCCGCUCCCGGGAACACGGCGUGUCGUGUAAAGAGCGUUUUUCUAAUUCUGUAUUCAAGUGCAUUCAAGUAUUAAACUUGGCCUUAUGUACAUACAUACUCAAUCCCGGGAGGAGGGUGUAUAGGAAUUUUAGUGGACAGGAAUGUAAAUAAAUUAUAUAU